AAGAAAACCAAGGGCCACUAGUUGAAGAAAAUGGCCGAUGUGGAAAUGGAUUUACAAAGCGAGCGGCUGAAUAAUGGGAAAGAUGACUUGGAGAGUCCAGAAAAGAGUGGUAAUGAGAACGGUGACAUGUCUGAGGAGGAUGAGGAAGAGGGCGAGGAGCAAGCCGAAGUGAAUGGAGAGAACCGGGACGAAGGCUCCAAGCAUCACAGCAGCAGCGGUGGUGGCAAGCACAAGAAGAAGAAACACAAGCACCGCAGCAAACACAAGAAACACAAGCAUGCAUCUGAGGAGGAGAAGGAGCGCAAGCGCAAACACAGACACAAGCACAAGAAGCACAGGCGCAAAGAGGGCCCAGCGCCGUCGGCCGCUGUAGCGGCCAAGAAGGCAGACGAGGGCUCGCCUUCUUCGGAAAACCCCAACGUGGACGACCGGGCCGUCCUCGAAGACCUGGAGAAGCAGAGGGCGCUGAUCAAAGCUGAGCUGGACAGCCAGCUGAUGGAGGGCAAAGUGCAGUCAGGCAUGGGCCUCAUCCUGCAGGGCUACAACUCUGGCUCAGAGGAGGACGCUGAGGGUCAGAGGGCGCGCAACGGCGAGCCACGGCAAAAAGUUGGCGGCGGGAGUAAAACGCGCUCGCCCAGGGACCACAGCAGCAAGGGAGGCAGGGCCAGGAGGGAGUCGCCGGACGGCGGCAAGACUGGGGCUAAGCGGCGCACUCGGAGCCGAUCCAGGGACCGGGCCACCCGGGAGAGCAAGGGCGGACGGGCGCCAAAAGGUGGCAAAGAGGCGGGCAGGGAGCGGAGCCGAUCCAAAGACAGGAGGCGCUCGCGUAGCCAGGACAAGUCCAAAGAGAGGGGGAGGAAGUCGCCCAGUCUGACAAGCAGGAGGCGACCCUCAGCAGAGAGGAGGGCCGAACCAAAGGGUCGUCCCGACAGGCGCUCCUCCCCCCGGACGGAGGAGAGGCGGACUCAGGAGCAAGGCGGGCGAAGGUCGGGGUCGCGGGGAGGCGGUAGCCACUCACGGGAUCGGCGGUCGCGCUCCAGAGAGGGUCACCCAAGCCGCGCAGAUACUGACAGGGAUAAGAGGCCCGGGAAGUCCCCCUCCAAAGAUGCCUCAUCAGGGAAGGAGAACCGCUCGCCACACCACAGGCGGCCGGCGAGUCCCAGGCGCCGGAGUUCUUCCCCCCGACAAAGGGAGCGUCAGCCCCAUCAUCCGCCCUCAGGCUCAACCGAGCGCCCCUCCAAACAUAACCACUCCCCCUCCCGGAACAGGUCGCCAGCCAGAAGGGGGCGGAGCCGCUCAGCUGAUCGCAGGAGGGACUCCCCUGCCAGGAAGCGCUCCCGUAUGGACAUGAUUGGAAGGUCGCGCGACUCGAGUCCGAUGCGUCGCAGAAUCAGCCGUUCGCCGUUCAGACGGAGGUCCAUUUCACCGCGGCGCCAGUCCCGCCCCUCGCCAAGGAGGUGGAGCCGAUCUCCUCUGAGACGAAGGUCUGGGGACAGGGAUCGGUUCGGUCGUGCCAGACUUCGUCGCUCCACCUCCAGGGAGCGCGAGCGCCGGAGGAGGCGGAGCCGGGACGAAGACAAGUUCAAGGGCAGUCUAUCAGAGGGCAUGAAGGCGGACCAAGACUCCUCCUCUGAAGAAGUGAUGGAAGAUUUUGACGCUGAAGAGGAGGAUGAGGAGGCUCUGAUUGAGCAGCGACGGCAACAGAGACUGGCCAUCGUACAGAAAUACAAAUCCGUGAACGAGGACAGCAACAUGGGCUCGAUGGCGUCGGAGCCCAGCAGCCCACAGAGCAGCACGCGCAGCCGCUCCGCCUCACCCGACGACAUCCUGGAGCGCGCCGCCGCCGACGUCAAGGAGUACGAGCGCGAGAAUGUGAACACUUUCGAGGCCAUCGUCAAGGCCAAGCACAACCUCAUCGCCCAGGAGAAAGAAGGAGCCAACACAAAGAAGCCUUCGGCCCCCGACAUGUUCACUGAGUCGGAUGACAUGUUUGCUGCGGACUUUGAUAGUGCCAGGCUCAGAGCUGUGGGCAUUGGGAAGGACUUCAAGGAAAACCCCAAUCUCAGGGACAACUGGACAGACGCUGAAGGAUACUACCGUGUGAACAUUGGCGAGAUGCUAGAUAAGCGCUACGAUGUGUAUGGCUACACAGGCCAGGGCGUGUUUAGCAACGUAGUCCGGGCCCGAGACACCGCCCGUGCUGGCCAGGAGGUCGCAGUCAAGAUCAUCCGCAACAAUGAACUCAUGCAGAAGACAGGGCUGAAGGAACUGGAGUUUCUGAAGAAACUCAACGAUGCUGAUCCCGAUGAUAAAUUCCACUGCUUGCGCCUCUUCAGGCAUUUCUACCACAAACAGCACUUGUGUCUGGUGUUCGAGCCUCUGAGUAUGAAUCUGCGUGAGGUUCUUAAAAAGUACGGUAAGGACGUGGGGCUCCACAUCAAGGCCGUUCGCUCCUACAGCCAGCAGCUCUUCCUGGCCCUGAAGCUCCUGAAGCGCUGUAACAUCCUCCACGCCGACAUCAAACCCGACAACAUAUUGGUGAACGAGUCCAAGACCAUCCUCAAGCUGUGCGACUUUGGCUCGGCCUCCCACGUGGCGGAUAACGACAUCACACCCUACCUGGUCAGCAGGUUCUACAGAGCUCCUGAGAUCAUUAUUGGGAAACCUUAUGACUAUGGGAUUGAUAUGUGGUCGGUGGGCUGCACCCUCUAUGAGCUCUACACGGGGAAGAUCUUGUUCCCCGGUUCCUCCAACAACCACAUGAUCAAACUGGCCAUGGACCUCAAGGGCAAGAUGCCCAACAAGAUGAUCCGGAAAGGCUUGUUCAAAGAUCAGCAUUUCGACCAGAACCUGAACUUUCUGUACAUAGAAGUGGACAAAGUGACUGAGCGGGAGAAAGUGACUGUAAUGAGCACUAUUAACCCCACUAAAGACCUACUGGCGGACCUGAUUGGCGGCCAACGUCUGCCGGAGGAGCAGAGGAAGAAGGUGAUGCAGUUGAAGGACCUGCUGGACGGCACUCUAAUGCUGGACCCAGCCAAACGCAUCAGCAUCAACCAGGCCCUGCAGCACCCCUUCAUCCAGGAGAAGAUCUGACCUCUGACCCUUUUUCUCCUUUUCUUUUAUGUUUCCCUUCAUCCUUCCACUGGAGGUGCAGUGGUCCCACCUCCCCUUCUGACAGAGCUCUCCCACCCCACCAGAUUUUCAGCUCCUGAUCCACUUAACUGGGGUCUCUAGACGGCUGGUAUUAGCUGGCUUGGGUGUCUUUGGAAUGGGUGGAGCUGAGGUUUUGAGGGUUGGAGACCCAGAGGUGGGGGGCUGGUGACCACAGCACUGGCAUCAGAGCUGUGAUGCCCUGUCUGGGACUGAACCAACAAAGUCCAUCUUCAAAUAUUUGGAACCAUUGGAGACAUUUUUAUUUUUACUCAUGGUGUUUUGUUUUACAUGCAAUUCUUGUUUAGUUUCCCCAUUUGUUGAUUUUGACACUCUUGGAAUGAUCUGGUUUUUAUUGUAAAUAAUCCAUACGUAAUUACAUGUUGCUGUUCACAUGAGACUGAGUAGUUUUGUUUGUUUGUUUUUUGUUUUCUUGUCCCCCCACACUCCCUUUUAUGCGAUUGUUGUCAGAUUUGGAAUACAUGGGUUGAAUCUUAUUUAACACGAGAUGUGCUUGACAGUUGAGGGAGGAAGAAAAUUGUUGGUAAGGAUAGUCAGGUGAGGCAUUAAAUUGUUAAGGCACAACAUCAGUAUAUAAUUGGCAACUAUAACAGAUGUCUAAUUCCCUUGAUUACGAUCCAGAAUAUAAUCCUGUGGAUUACUGUGACUAAUCCAAAAUUUCUCAGCCCUCCAAUUGCUAACCAGGGUAAAUGGUUUUGUUGCUCAGUCCCCCACUUUUGGCUAGACCAAUGGCUUCCAACAAAUACCUCAAAGCAUACUGCUCAUACUGAUUAGAUCACACUAGCAAUAUUCCUCUACUCAGCAGAGGAAAAGAUUCACAAUUCCUCAGAGCUGUAGGUCGUGUAGCUCACAUAUUUAGAGUGGUUCCUUGAGAGUGGUGUUAAGGCGAAACGUCAGGCGCUCUCAUGCUCAAUCAAAGCCUGUUAACCUCUGCUUCUGCUGGAAUGGUUGGCUGUGAGGGACUAAUGUGGCAGUAGCCCAGAGUUAAGGCUGCCUGGUGUUUCAUGUGAUCUCAUUUCAGAUUGAGAACAGUACUGUGUAGAGGGAAGUCUCUUCGUGCCGGUCUUCUCACAUACAAGGUCGGGUUCUUGGAGCCUUUUUUUUUCUUCGAUUCCUUAAUGGAGAUCUGAACCAGACCUGAAACCUUCCUUGGAGGCACCCAGUGAAUUGUCUCAUGUCUUUAGAAAGGUUCAGUGUGCUGAAUAUACUCAAACGUACACGUUAAACAACCCGAAACCAACAUCAGCUCUUUCUCAAGGCAUUCUGAAUCUUCGUCUUUCCUAGUCCUGGUCCUUGAAAUCGUUUUGUACAUUACUACACAAUUUAGUGCUUUUUAGGCUCUAAGAUACUUGUAUCUAUCUUAUUACCAAGAUAUUCAUUGGCUAAACCAGAUGUGUUUUAGCUAAGAAAGCACUAAUCUGGGUAAGUUCUGCAAUAUUGGGAUUUUGGAAACACUGGUGCACUUUUUAUUACACAUCGUGCUUUUCCACUGCUUUCAAAUCAAUUAUGAUCCAGAAUUAUAUCAAAUCCAUAAAGGCCAAAUGGGUCAACCUCUGGCUAUUGAGUUAUGUAGCUACAUAUCUUACUAGGUCAUGGUGGCUGAAAUCAUUGACCAGUUAACCUUUGUGUUGCCUGUUGUUAUUCCAGAGGUUUGGACCUACAUUGACCAAUUGCAGGCGGGAUGAUUCCUAGAAAAGUCUGCAUUAUGUUUUAGUUGGGUAUUUUAAGCAAUUCAAACGCUUCCUUAGCUCUCUUCAGUUUUGACUUUCAUCUUAAGGUGUCCUGCUUCCUUCUGAGUCUUUUCAUGAAAAUUGCCCUGGUUGCAAAGGUGAAAACAGCCUUUUCAAAUGAAGUCUGAAAUUCUGAAAGUUGUCUAAUUUUAAAGUGCCUCCUUUUCAGCCUGUUUGUUGGAGAAUCAUACAGUAAAGGUCUUUUAGGUGGCCCUGCUUUAUUUCAUGCUGUAAAUAUUUCUUGGUUUUGUUAUGCAAGAAGUCAGUCAUUUUUUUUCUUUUCUUAAAGGAGAGUAGACAUUUUAGAAAACUGCUAAACUCAGAAGAUUGGGUUGUGAAGGAAAACACAAAUUCACCACCUUGAGUGUAUCAUGACUUUUAUUAAUAAAAGGUUUCAUAUCUUU